AUGCAGAUAUCACGUACUAUAUUAACUGAUUUCAAGAUGGAUUGAGGUUUCUUCCAGUGAAUAAUGAGAAAAAAUGUUAACGUCAUAUUUGUUUGUUGUUGGUUUCGGUUUGGUGGCAGCUAACCCAAUACUACAGAUGAUAAAGAUACCAGGCCAGUCUUACCCAUCGCAAGCCUGUCCAACAUGUCCAACCCAAACAUGUCCGUCACAAACAUGUCCGUCACAAACAUGUCCAACGUCCCGACCACCGUGCCAGACCUGUCAGACCUCCUACCGAAACGUCUACAGUCAACCAACCAAUAACUGCCCUUGUAACAAACAAGUUACAGCUCAAAAUCCAGUGGCAAACAUAAUUAAUCAAGAUGUUUUAAGUCAACUCGUUAUAAGAAGACUUCUAAGUACACCUCAACCUCAAACUCAAGUAAAUCCUGCUCCGGCAUGUACCAACUGCGAAGCACAAAAAGCUCCACCGAAUAUUAUUAAUAACUAUAUUGUAAUACCUCCUGAAUAUUUUAAAGCAAAUGAAACCAAGGUAGAUAAAGAAGAACCAGAUACAAGAACGAGAAAAGGUAAAAGAAGGAGAAAACAAAGUAGACGGAGGAAUCAAGAAAAUAUCACGUGUCCUUGUGAAGACGAAAAAGAGAAAGGUAAAAUCAUUGUAGAAAAACAAGAAACAUCUUGUCCGUGUGACAAAUAUACUUAUAUGGUUGGUGGGGAUGAAGUAAAAAACGGUAAAAUAGAAGAUGCUCCUUCAUUGAAAACUAGAACAGUUAAUGAUAAAGUACUACCGGAAAGUGCCCCUAGUUCAAAAAAUACGAAAACAUCACAAAAUGAUAAAGUAGUAUAUAAUUACCACGAAGUCUCUGGGGAAACUGAACUCACAGACACUAAAAAUACAAGAAAUAGCAACCGAGACAGAAAAAUUCAUUUGGAAGAUGCGAUAAUUAAAGACUUUUGUAGAAAACAUCCAACCAUACCAGAAGAAAUUGCCAGAAGUUUACUGAACAAAUUAAAACAUCAGAUAGACAAAAAGGAAAACCCACAUUACAGUCCAUAUCGAUUCUCACCUUAUAGCUACGAACACUACGACCCUGAACUGUUUUACCCAAGAAGUUACGGUUACCCUAGGGCAUACAGCGAUGUAGUUGAAAGUGAUAGAAGAUCUAGAAAACGGAAGCAACAUCGCUCAGGGAGACGAAAUAAGAAACAAAAGGAAGAAGUAAAAGAAAACACAGAUAUAUGUAAUGAACAAUCUGAAAAAUUAGUGGAAAAGAAUCCAACAGUAAUUAAUAUAGAGACGGAAAUAAUCAGUACAGAGAAAAUUACAGCUAGUGCAGAAAAGGUAAAAGAAAAUUUAACUGUUAAUAACUCCGAAACCCAAAUGGAAACCCCUGAUGAUUUACUCGAUCAAUUAGAUAAAAUGAAAGCUAAAUUUGCAAAACUUAAUGAAAUAGAAACAACAACUGUCAGUUAUAAUAAACGUAUCGGACAAUACCCAGAAUUAGGAAAAGAGGAUAAAGUACCCACUGUUUAUAAUAAUGGGGUAGAUGAUUACUAUCCCGACUUUAGAGGCGAUAAUAUUCCAUUUUAUGCGAGUGAUGAAGAAUGUGAUAGCAAAGAAGACAUGUAUGACAAAAAUGGAGGAUUUGAUUCAAAAAGGUACGUAAACCAUAAACAAUCUAGUACUAACUCCCGUAAAGAUGAAACUAGUACUGAAUACCCUGUUUCAGUCUCGACAGAAUCUUACGAUAGUUACGAAGAAACAAAAGACGGAAGCGAUGAAAUACGAUUCAUAAUUCCUCCUCAUUUAGAACUACCUGAUUUUGAGACUAAACAAAUUAACAAACUUGAAAUUAAUGACUUUGUUGCAGAUGAUUUAAACACAUACUCUGAUGCUACAGCUAAACAAGAAAUUGAAUUGAAACCUGCAAAAGUGUUUACAAAAGAUAAAUCAGGUAGGACUAAUAUAGAGACAGUGUAUGGACGUUCUAGAGUGGUUAAAUAUGGACAUGAUGCAGAAUCAGCUGCUUCGGAACCUGUCAUUACAUAUUAUUUGCCUGAAGACGCGAUGACAGAAGAUCGAAUUCAAUUACCAGAUGGAGAGGGCAUAGUUGUUGUUGCGAAAUCAAUUCGAGAUCUUGAAAAUUGGGAAAUAUAGUUUUUAAAACGUUUUCG